AUGAGCGUUGAUACUGUAUAUAAUGAAGGACGGUUCCCUGUCCCACCGAAGUUUGACUUCAGGCAUUUGCCUCUAAGAUCAAGAAAAGUAACAGUUAUAUCGUUCAUUGGGGAAUAUGACAUAUUCCGUGAUAAAUCUCAAUACUCUAAUAUAUCUAGUUAUACUGGACGAGAAAUCCCACCAUUGGAUCUACCUAGGAAUUACAUCGAAGGCUAUUAUGAUUGUGAAAACCAAAUUAUAUUUUUGGUCUUUAAUAAUCUGGAAAUGGAGUUGCUGUUCAAGGGUUGUGAUAAACACCAUGAAAUAUGGGAAAAAUCUCUUAAGCGCUUUGAUUACACGCUUCUGAAGGUUUUGUACUUUCUGUUCGUCGUAUCACAUUUCAUCGUCAUUACAUGUAUAGGAACAAACAUAAACCCCGAUCUCAUUCGUAUUUUCAAGUUGUUGGACAAAAUGAGAUUGCUUAUGAGGCAUCCUAUUGAUAUUUAUACUCGUGACCUUCCGUUACCUCGAGACUGGUUAAACAAUGGACGCGCUUCUAUUCCGAGGCUUCUCUUUGUCUUAAAAAUGACGCCAGCUCAAGCAAAGAUGAUAAAGAAUUGGAAGCUUGUCAGGCAGUUGGAACAGAAUAUCGUUACUCAAAUAUUCAAUACAUUUUAUGAAACUGGUCUUGUUAGCAAUAUUUCAACGAAUCAAUUAUUAAUGCUUCCAGGACAUAAUUUUGUACACGUUCUGUUAGAGAAUGAAGAAGCAAAGGAAGGGUUUAAACAACAUACAUCUUGCGAAGAUAUCGCUCAGGAAUAUUUCGAAUUUAUUCUUAAAAAUAUCAAUCACAUUUCGAACAUGUCUACUGACAAAAUUCCUAAUCUUUUUGGUUCUUGCACAUUCUUAUCGACUGAUUCGAAUGAUUCUGUUAGUUCAACUUCGCCACCAUCUCCACGGAAUUUUCCAGCACCCGACCAACCAGCACAGCACAAUCUAUCUUCUUUUCUUCAUUUACAUGUUGAAAGUAUGAUUGAUCAAGCAUCUAAUAAAAAUUCUUCUUUUGGUCAAGCAACAGUUGCGUAUGAAUUGCCAACAUGUAAAGCUUGGUUUAUGGCAUGCUAUAGAAUAUAUACAAGUUUAAUAUCAGAUGAACACUUAACCACAGUCCCAACUCCUGAAAUGACUACCAGUCAAAAUGAUUCAUCCUCACGUAUUGGAACUGGAGGAGCAGUAGUUAGUUUAUCACAAUCAUGGCAUAAUGCAUUAAUCUCUAUCCUCUGUCCUACACUUCACACAUCGACAUUAUCCAUAGCCCAAAAACAAACAUCACAAAAAUCUGUUACGCAAGAAGAAGAAGAAAUUUUACUCACUUCAGAUUACAAUAAUCCAUGGUCUACUAUAGAUCCAAUUAGUCGUUUAUCUACCAUUCGUUAUCGACCUGCUACAUCUGCUGCUGAAAAUCACUAUAAACAAGAUUUACCUGUUCAUUAUUCAUGUACAUAUCAUAUAAUCAAGGUUAUUUCCGCUUAUAAUGUAGCAAUUGGUUUAGCUCGUGGUCAUUCAGUAUUUCGUCUUUUAGAGAAACUAUCAAAUCGAUUAACUCAUCUUUAUCUAGCUGGACGUGUAACAUGUUCCACUAUAUCAUUAUCAGGUCAACCAUGUCAAUAUGAACUGCAUCGCGUACCAGAUGAUUGCAAUACUCUGAAGGUUAUUUUGUCAACUAUAGAUAAUAAAAUUAGUGAAGAUUAUACUGCUUUUAAUUCUGAUGGAAAUUUACUAUCCCAAAAUCACUACCAACCACAUUCUAGUAUAAAUAAACUACAUAGAACUGAUUUCACACUUAAUAAUGAAUAUAUUAUUCCUUUUGGUCUCAGUGGUAAAUGGAAACGGUAUUGGAUAGAAUGCGCCAUUAAAGGUUUCACCAAUAACAAUAAUAGUAGUCUAUCAGAUCAGAAAUUGUUAAAUGAGAAACAAACAAAUGAUACUUUAAAUUCGGAUAGUCCAGAUCAACAUUUAGCUGUUAUGCCACAUCGGUCUGAUGUAAUAAUGAUAAGUUCAUGUGGUUGUGGUCGUCAACAAGCUGAAAGAUCAGAUCCAUUUGAUUAUAAAGAAGCUAAUUGGCGCUUUUAUCAUAUAUUAUCUAAUAUUUGUUGUAAUAAGUUAACAAAUAUUCCAUUAUCACCACAAAUUUUGUCUGAUACACGGCAUACUUUUUGUCUGCCGAAUGAAAAUCAUGUUGUGGCGUCAUCACCAAGUCAUCGAAAUUACACGAAAGUAUUUAAUGAAAAAGCAGUAUGCAUUCUAACAAAACCCAAAAAGGAUACAGCAUCAUCACCUCCACCUCCAUCAUCUCUUGUAAGUCGAGCUCAAAAGUUAACAAAAAAUCAUCCAACGAAUAAUGAUGAUGAAGCAGAUACCGGUGCAGAUGUCGGUCUUUCACAACCUGAUGAUAAUGACUUAUUAUUAUUAUCAGCCGAUUCUGAUCAUUCAAAUUCAAGUGAAAUGAUGAAUAGAAAGUCGACCGAUGAUGCAUCAGAUGAUUCGAGAAAUGACAAAUACAUCGAUGCUGUCAAUGAUUUAUCUGGAAGCUGUUCAUCACCGAAUCCAUCUGAACUAUCCAACACAUCAGAUUCAAUUGUCCCUUUACAAAAUGAUCUAGUACACCAAACAGCUGAAAUUAAAAACAAUGAAUAUGUUGGUGUACCUGCUCACCAUUCCCCAUCUUCACAAUCAAAAAUAAAUGUAUCAACAAAUUCUGCUAAAGUUGAUAAUAUUCAUUCAGGUGAUUCAAUACCUUUAUAUCCUGCUGUAUUUCGUGAUGGUGUACCGAAUACUAAUUGGUUUGUUGGUGAUUUACCACUUUACCCCUCAUGGUCUAUCUAUGCACUUGGAAAAUAUUUCAGUUAUUCUCAUUCUUCCGGAUUACCUUGCCGAGGAUUUUUGCGUAACAGUAAUUUCUUACUUCCGUGGGAUGUAUCCUUAAUGAAUAAUAAUAAUGCCCGGAAUGGUUCUGACCGUGGACGUUUUAGUAAGUCCGCAAGAGGAAGAUAUCGAGGAGGUAGAACAGAAUCAGAUACAGUGAAAUUAUUUAUUGGUUUUGAAAUGGAGUGUUCAAUGGGUCAUCGAUUCUUUAUCACUGGCACCGACCGAAUUAUGGAUGGCCCAAUGCAAAGCAGUCAAGUUCGACGAGCCGUUCACUCAUUGUUAACACGUGAUCUACCUAUUUUCAUGCUAUGCCAGUGUCAUCACCCAACCUCACAUGUAUUGCUCGGUAAUACACGUCAUUCCACUAAUCCUACUAGUGAAUGGGAUGUAGGUGGUAAUACUAGUACAAUGAAAUCAUCUAAUUAUACAAAAAAUUCAUCUGUUAUGGCACAGUUAUCACGAAUAUACUUAGCUAUACCAGCCGCUCCUAUUCAAGUCCGUUUCCAACCAUGUAUACGACCGGGACCAACAAAACUUACUCCAAUCUUUCACCUAGGACAUACAUUAGAUCAGUGCUGUGAUAAAAAAUUGGAUAGUGUAAUAGAUUCAGAUUAUGAUCAAAGUCAUCCAGUUGAUGAUGAUAGUUAUUUUUAUGAAGAUCGUAUAAAAUCUAGCACGAAUUUACAUUCGGAUACCGUUCGUAGUGAGAAAUAUCAAUCACCAGGUUAUGUUACAUUAGACAAUGGAUAUUUGUGGGUUAUCCGGUUACCUCUUGCUUAUCAUGAUGGAACAAAACUCUAUCCGAAACCAUUGUAUCCAAGUGACUGUAAUGAGUGGAAAUUAUUAAAAGGAUGUAUAAAACUUGUAGCAUAA